CAGCCCAAUGACGUAUUCCCCGACAUUCCACGUCCAAGAUGGUCGCAGUCGGUAAGGGGGAACGUUGCUAAGGCGUUUGCCUGAGGCGAGGGGAUUCUAACAUUUUCAGAGAACCUUCUGAAAAGACCACGUCUACUUCAAUAAAUGAAGGAGAAUAAAGAAAAUUCAAGCCCUUCAGUAGCUUCAGCAAACCUGGACCACACAAAACCAUGUUGGUACUGGGAUAAGAAAGACUUGGCUCACACACCCUCACAACUAGAAGGACUUGAUCCAGCCACUGAGGCCCGCUACCGCCGAGAGGGGGCUCGGUUCAUCUUUGAUGUGGGCACACGUUUGGGGCUACAUUAUGAUACCCUGGCAACUGGAAUAAUUUAUUUUCAUCGCUUCUAUAUGUUUCAUUCCUUCAAGCAAUUCCCAAGAUAUGUGACAGGAGCUUGUUGUCUCUUUUUGGCUGGGAAAGUAGAAGAAACGCCAAAAAAAUGUAAAGAUAUCAUCAAAACAGCUCGUAGUUUGCUAAAUGAUGUACAGUUUGGCCAGUUUGGAGAUGACCCAAAGGAAGAAGUCAUGGUUUUGGAGAGAAUCUUACUACAGACAAUAAAGUUUGAUUUACAGGUGGAACAUCCAUACCAAUUCCUACUCAAAUAUGCAAAACAACUCAAAGGUGAUAAAAACAAAAUUCAAAAGUUGGUUCAAAUGGCAUGGACAUUUGUAAAUGACAGUCUGUGCACCACCUUAUCACUGCAGUGGGAACCAGAGAUCAUUGCAGUGGCAGUGAUGUAUCUCGCAGGACGUUUGUGCAAAUUUGAAAUACAGGAGUGGACCUCCAAACCCAUGUACAGGAGAUGGUGGGAGCAGUUUGUUCAAGAUGUCCCUGUUGAUGUUUUGGAAGACAUCUGCCACCAAAUCCUGGAUCUUUACUCGCAAGGGAAACAACAGAUGCCUCAUCACACCCCCCAUCAGCUCCAGCAGCCCCCUUCUCUUCAGCCUCCACCACAAGUGCCACAAGUACAACAGUCACAGCAGUCCCAAGGCCCCGAGCCUCCCCAGCCCCCGCCGAAGGACUCCCAGCAGUCAGCCCCGCAGCAGCAGCAAGCCACACAGCAGCCGAAGAAGCCGUCUCCACAGCCCAGUCCUCCCAGACAGGUUAAACGGGCCGUGGUUGUUUCUCCCAAAGAAGAGAACAAAGCAGCAGAACCACCACCACCAAAAAUUCCCAAAAUCGAGACCACUCACCCGCCAGUGCCUCCGGCCCACCCCCCUCCAGACCGGAAGCCUCCCCUCGCAGCUGCCUUAGGCGAGGCUGAGCCCCCAGGCCCCGUGGACACCGGCGACCUCUCCAAAGUCCAGAUCCCUCCUCCAGCCCACCCGGCCCCGGUGCACCAGCCACCGCCCCUCCCUCACCGGCCCCCCCCUCCACCCCCCUCCAGCUACAUGACGGGGAUGUCCACCACCAGCUCCUACAUGUCCGGAGAGGGCUACCAGAACCUGCAGUCCCUGAUGAAGACCGAGGGCCCCACCUAUGGCGCUCUGCCACCCGCCUACGGCCCACCCACACACCUGCCCUACCACCCCCACGUCUACCCUCCCAACCCACCUCCACCGCCCGUGCCCCCGCCGCCAGCCUCCUUCCCCCCACCCACCAUCCCGCCUCCCACUCCCGGCUACCCCCCACCUCCACCCACCUACAACCCUAACUUCCCACCCCCUCCCCCACGCCUGCCCCCCACUCAUGCAGUCCCACCACACCCUCCUCCAGGCUUGGGCCUGCCGCCGGCGAGCUACCCACCUCCGGCCGUGCCCCCUGGAGGACAGCCGCCCGUGCCGCCCCCCAUCCCCCCUCCUGGCAUGCCUCCAGUGGGGGGCCUGGGGCGGGCAGCCUGGAUGAGAUAACAUGACGCCUUUUUUUUCACCCCCUUUUUUUUUUAAACAAAAGUUUUUCUGAUCAACUUGAGUAGUUUAAGUGGGUAAAGCAGCAGGGUACCUUGUAAAAUGCUUGACAGUUGCAGUUUGGAAAGAAAGGGACCGUGGAAUGAAAUUGGGGUGGCCGUGCACAUCUGGGGAACGGGCAGCCUGACUGCACACGCCCCUCCAGCUGAGGCCGUGGCGUCCCGCACUGGCUGCUUCACGCUGGUGACGGGGAAGGUUCACCAGCCAGACUGGCUCAGUCGAUUGCUGCGGUAAGGAGCGACUUCCCUUCCGGAAAUCCGUGCCUGUUUUCCCUGGAAAGGCAGUUCCAUCUGAAGUCACGCUGCUAACGUGUUCAUGCAGUGAGGUUCUCCCGUGACACCCAGGAGGUCAGAAGAACCACUUUUCUGAUUUCUAGGUAUUUCCAUCCAUUGUAUUACAAUUAUUUUGAAGGGGUUGCCUUGUUGGGUAGCGUUUUUUUCUCCAGGGAGAAGGGAAGAAAUGUACUUGGAAAGUAAUGUAUGUUUACAUUUGCAAAUUCCUGUACAUAGAGAUAUAUUUUUUAAGUGUGACUGUGACAACAUACUGUGAAUUCCACCUUGGUUACAAACAAGACUCCUUCAGUCGGUUCUCCAAAUAAUACCAAUUCUUUACCUUC